GGGGGACCGAUGUAUGUCCAGCCAAAUUUCGUACCAGCACCGCCUACACCAGCACCCAAGCCAUGGGAAGAUUCAUCGGACGACUCUGAUAUGGAGCCUCCCAAAACAAAGAAGAAGUUGAAGUCUGAAGCAUCUUCACUUGGAAAGAAACGUGGUCGGCCCACGAAAAAAUCCUUAGAGGAUAAGAAGAGAGAAGAAUUUCUUGCGAGUCUCCCUCAACUACCAGAAGGAGAAGACCAAAUGCUUGGGUACAAGAAAAAGGGAGUCUGCAAGGCCUGCCAGUUGUAUAAGGGACUAGUGGCUCUUAAGCCUUGCGGCCAUGCGAAGAUUUGUAUUUCUUGUGUCCGGGACGUCAGGGAGAGUGCUGAGAAAAUGUUCAGGCAUUCUAAGUGCCCAGUAACUGGAUGCUUUGCCCAGAUUACUGAUUGGCUACCUUUAUUUAAUGUAAGUGCCUAGUUUCAUAUUAUUUUGUUCUCAAGCUUUCUUACAAGAAGUAUUUGCUGAGUAUUUUCUUUUACCUUCAAUUUUGUUUAACAACAUUCUUUUUUAUA